GUUGGACGAGCGGUGAAGUUGUUCGAAUCGGAAGGGUGCACACUCCCCUUUGUUGCUCGAUACCGGCGAGGUUAUGUCGGCCUUCCUGAGGAGACCAUCGUUAAAGUUCACAAGCAGCUCGAGAGAGAGCGGGUUGUUGAGGAGAAGAGGCUCAAAUGCGUCAA